AUGUUGUUGUAUCUUCUUUUUAUUUGUUAUGGUUUAUCAGCUGGAUUAGAGAAGGUUGAUUUUACAUUAAAUGAUAAAGAAUAUGUUAUUAUUGACGUUCAACAUAAUAAUAUUCCACAAUAUAUAUCUAAUGUUUAUGCUUAUAGAAGUAAGUCAUCAGGAAAUUCAAUUACUAUUGUAGUUGACGGAGAAAAAGAAACAAAAAAAUACCAAUAUCAAACCAGUGAAUUAAAACGUUUACAAAUUGGAUUUGCAAAGAAUAAUAUGUACGUUUUAAAUAAUGGAAAUGUUGAUGUUUUUGAUCUUAAUUCUACUAUUUCUGGAGUAAUUUCACAUAGUUAUCCAUUAAGUAAUAUUGAUUCAUAUUCACCAAUGACUGUUAUUACAAAAGAAUUUACUUCAUAUAAACCAGAAGUAUUUAUUGUCCUUUGUCAAAAUAAUGGGUUGACAGUAUUUAAUGAAACCUUUAAUAUAGUAGAUUCUACAAAACAUCCAUGUGGUAAUUUUUCAUCUUAUGGGUAUUCUUAUUUAAUGGUUAGAGGAGGAGGUGAUGUAGAAUUAUAUACUUUAAAUCAAGGAGGUAAAUUAUCGUUUUAUACUAAUUUUGAAAUUAAAGAUAAUAGUUCAAUCACUUUUAAUUAUGAUAUGUCUAUUAUUAAUGAAUAUGACGUUGUCUAUAGUGUUAUUUCUGAUAAAAAUAAAAUUCAAGUAAAUUCACCUAAUAACUAUGCUUAUCCAACAUUUAUUGAUAAUGUAUUUAUUAAUCCAAAACAAUUUGUUAAUCCAAUUAAUACUCAAUAUGUUCCUAUGAUUUCUACUUAUAAUAGUUUCUUGGUUAUUGGUGGUUUUGGUUAUUCUGUUGGAAGUAUUCAAAGAGGAGGUGCAGUUUCAGUAUAUUUUGAUAACUAUUUAGUUAGUACAAAAGAUAGAUUUAAAUUAAUAUAUAGUUUAGUUUCAAAUAGUUCAUAUGAUUAUAUGGGAUAUUCUGUUGCUAUGGAUUCAAAAACACUUUACUAUGGUGGUAAAACAAAUGUCCUUCUUAAUGGAAGUGCUACUACUGGAAAAGUUGAUGUUUCAAAAAUUACUGCUCAAUAUUGUACAGGAACAUUAUGUUAUUGUGCUCCAGGAUAUUAUUAUAAUUCUUACAUGAAAUCAUGUUUAAAACAAAUUGGAGGUGUCUCAUCAAUUAUUAUUGCUGUUAUUUGUAUCUUUAUUCUUAUUUUAAUUAUUGCUUUAAUUAGUGUUUUAUAUAAAAAAUGGAGUAGAAAACAUGCUAAAAGUUUCACUAUUGAUGGUCAGUCUUAUCCUUUUACUCCUUUAGAAGAACUUCCAGUUACAUUCUCUACUGAAGUAUUAACAUUUGGUUAUGAAGACGGUAAUAAAGCUCCAAUUAAUCGUACAUUAGAACAAAGUCUUACUAUCACAAAUAAUUCUACUGUGAAUAAACAAUUUGAUAUUUCAUUACCAACAAGUUACAAAUUUAAUAUUCAAUCUAAUGUUACUAAUCUUUCUAUUAAUGCUGGAGAACAAGGAGUUGUUAGAUUCACUAUUACUUUCCUUUGUACAUGUUCAUGUAAUGAUGAUGAUAUUAUUGCAUUUGCUAUUGCAGAAGAAGGAAAUGAAGAACCUAAAUUUGUUUAUGUUACAAUUAAUGUAUCAACAGAAGAGAGUGUAUUUAUUGAUUACAAAGACCUUCUUAUUAGUAAAAAAAUUGAUAAUGGCCCUAACUCAGAGACUUCAUUAAUUAAUUAUAAAGAUAAGUCAUACGCAAUGAAAAAGUUUACCACUGAAUUUAAUGAAGAAUUAAUGAAUGUUUUUAGAAAUAAAAUUAAUUCAUUAAUUAAAUUAGAAAAUGAAUAUUUAUUACCUAUAUCUUUUGCUUGUAUUGCACCACAAAAUAAUUGUCUUAUUAAUGAAUAUUCUAUCAUAGGUAAUUUAAAAACAAUUUAUUCAAUGAAAGAAUCUCCUAAACAGUUAAUUUGGAGAUGUUUACUUAAUGCUGCACAAGGUAUUCAAUACCUUCAUCAAAGAGAUAUUAUUCAUAGAGAUAUUAAACCAGAAAAUAUUAUUAUUAUUUCUACUGAUUAUUCAAUGAAAGUAUGUGCUAAAUUAACUGAUUAUGAUUUACCAAAUGAAUUAAUUGGAAGUAAACAAGCAGCUCAAUUAAAUCAACAAAUUGGACAAGAGAUCUAUUUCGCUCCUGAAGGAAUUAAUAAUAAAGAAAUAACUUCAGCUUAUGAUAUUUAUUCAUUGGCAAUUGUUAUUGUCGAAGCUUUUGAUAGAAAAUGCCCAUAUUCUAUGUUAGGAAGUUCUUGGGAAGUUCUUGAAUUUGUUAAUAAAGGAAAGAGAGUAGAAGUAUCAAAUAAUAUUCCACCAACUAUUGCUUCAAUCAUUCUAAAAAUGUGGGAUCAAAUCCCUGAAAAGAGAUGUAAAAUUAAUGAAGUUAUUGAUGCAUUAAUGAAUAGUGAAAAAGAAUUAGAAGAAAACCAACAAACAGUAAUUGAUAUGUCAAAUGAUAUUGUUGGCUCAUUACUUGGAGAUGAACCUUCAAUCCCAAUACAACCUGUUCCAACUACUACUGUUACUCUCACUAAUGAACCAGAAAAAAUACCAAGUCCAACUCCAAUUGAAACAAGUGAGGCAAAUGCUGCUGAUGAUUUAACUGCUUCACUUCUUGAUUCACUUUAA